AAAACAAAGGAAGCACUCCUGCGGCUUGUUUUGCGCCGACGUCAGUGUGUGAAAAUGAGAAGGCAAGUCCGAUGACUGAGGAGCUUUUGAUCCGCCGCCACAAAUCGCAUUGCGCCGCUCGUCUCCGAUCGUCCAAUAUGAAACUGUGAGCAGCUUCUCCUCAGGCCAAACAAACCGCCAAGAACCAACUAUCACUUGCUGCCGCCAGUCUAUCCGUCUUGCGCGGCUUCGCUUCUGCCACAUCUUCUCUCGCAUCUCCGUCAAAGACCACUCCGUGCGAGUUCAAGUUCGGUGGCUUUGGUGGUUGUCUCUGCACAACAUUCACCCUCGCCAGCUCAAACCCUUCGCCUUUGCUUCGAUCUUAGAAGUCACUCGUUGCAUCGCCAUAGCCGUUUUUCGGCUCAUCUAAGUCAUCUUCGUCUUCUUGCUUCUGUUGAGGAAGGGAGGGGAAUAGGAAGUUGACUACAGCGGAAUGGUGAUCUCCAACAAUCCCCACAAUAAGGAAAUAGCCAUAAGGAGGAGGAUUGCUAACAUAUUUAAUAAACGUGAAGAUGAUUUUCCUUCUUUGAGAGAAUACAAUGAUUAUUUGGAGGAAGUAGAGGACAUGACAUUCAAUUUGAUUGAAGGAAUAGAUGUUGCUGCUAUUGAAGCAAGAAUUGCUAAGUAUCAGGAAGAAAAUACAGAGCAAAUAAUGAUUAAUCGGGCCCGAAAGGCUGAAGAAUUGGCUGCAGCUCUGGCAGCAAGCAAGGGCCAACCUGUACAAACAGACAAUGAUGCGGCUGCAAACCAAAAUUCGCAAGCAGGGUUUGGUGCAGCUCCUCAGGGACUGUAUGCACCUACAUUUGCAGGACAGCCAAGACCCACUGGCAUGGCUCCACAACCUUUACCGCUUGGUGGUGGUGACAUGUUGGGAUAUGCAGAUGAUGAAGAAACAAUGCGGCUACGAGCCGAAAGAGGUGCAAAGGCUGCAGGAUGGAGUAUGGAAAUAAGCAGGAAGAGGGCACUUGAAGAAGCCUUUGGAAGCAUGUGGGUUUAUUAAGACAUUUUCAGAGGAUGCAGGACAUGUUUCAUUUAAAUUCUGAGGACCUGCACAUAUUGGCAUGUUCAUUGUCAUAAGAUAUCCACAUUAUGCUGUAAUUGAAAUGGUGGAGAAUGUAAAAUUUUGUGCAUUUUUGUGUCAUCCUUUUCAAUUUUAUUUGAGGAUCCUUAAGGU